CCCAUGCGGUACGGCGUGUGCCCAGUGUGGGAGCUCUCGAUGUGUCGGCGUCGGUGGCUGUUGUGAAUGAGCGUGUGUGGGUGUCAGUCGUCGUCAGCGAUGCAACGGGCUGGAGGUUGUGGUCUCGGCGCCGGCAGCUUCACCAUGUCCUGAGUGAAAAGUAGCAAGGCACUGCGCCGGAGGGAAGAAAGAAAUGCUGCAGCUCUGAAAUUUCCUGAGGACUGGAUACCACAGCAGAUUUGAAAGAAGAUAACAGGCAGGAAAUCUGUGGAUCAGGACUACGAAGCUCCUUGACUGAAUUUUCUUCCUAUUGCCAAGGCGUUCUGAGGGCUAAUUAGUACUCGAGUAAACGGGGGGCAUGGCUGAUGCAGUGCUGAUAACUUCAGUGAUUGACAAUGCCUAUUUGUCAAACUCUCGAGCACAGGCUGGCAAUGGAAUGAAGAUUUCCAGCGAUGAGCUGGUAGAAUACUCUUCUAGUUCUGGUGUGUUUCAGUCUGCAGCUGCUACCGGAAAGGAGUCAAUUCUGAGCAGAAAGCGGCCGUUUGUUGGACGGUGCUGCCAUGUGUGCUCUCCAUUAAGCAGGGAUAAACUUUUCAAUACCAGCAUCCCUUCCCAAGGACUACGGAAUGUUAUUUAUAUUAAUGAAACCCACACCAGAUACCGAGGCUGGUUGGCGCGACGUCUCUGCUACGUCUUGUUUAUUCAGGAAAGAGAUGUGCAUCGUGAUAUGUUUCCAAGGAAUGUGAUUGAGAAUGUUUUAAACAGCAACAGAGUGCAAAAGGCCAUUGUAGAUACGGUGACUGAUCGGAUGCCUGUGGAAACUCUUGUCCAGCCAGACCCCAAAGCUGUGAGUAAAGUAAAGCGAAAAGCUAGAGGAAUCCUUCAGCAAAUGGUAGCUAACAUCUCACCAGCUGUGAUCAGACUGACAGGUUGGGUGCUACUGAAGCUAUUCAAUGGCUUUUUUUGGAGCAUACAGAUUCACAAAGGGCAGCUUGAGAUGGUUAAGAAAGCUGCUGCAGAGCAGAAUGUCCCACUGAUCUUUCUACCAGUUCACAAAUCUCACAUUGACUACCUGCUGCUUACUUUCAUUCUCUUCUGUCAUAACAUCAAAGCACCCCACAUCGCUGCUGGAAAUAAUCUGAAUAUCCCCAUUUUCAGCACACUCAUAAGAAAACUUGGUGGCUUCUUCAUUCGACGAAAAUUGGAUACUGGUGCAGAUGGAAGGAAGGAUAUUCUGUAUAGAUCUGUCCUGCGUGUGUACAUUGAGGAACUUCUGCGUCAGCGGCAAUUUAUGGAAAUAUUCCUGGAGGGCACACGGUCUCGCAGUGGUAAACCAUAUAUGGCCAUGACAGGACUUCUUUCUAUUGUGAUUGACAGUCUGUAUGAGAAUAUUGUUACUGAUGUCAUGAUUAUUCCAGUGGGAAUUUCCUAUGACCGGAUCAUUGAAGGCAAUUACAACAGUGAACAGCUGGGGAAGCCCAAGAAGAAAGAAAGCCUUUGGGGUGUUGCACAAGGAGUCUUCAGAAUGCUUCGCAAGAACUUUGGCUGCGUCCGAGUAGACUUUGGGCAGCCAUUUUCUGUUAAGGAAUACAUUGAUGCUCAGAGGAACCGUCCAUUGCCUGCAACCCUUUCCUUGGAAGAAAUUCUUCUUCCAACUAUUAUCACGGAAAGACCAGGUCUCAACCAUGUUGAGCAAGAUCUUGCUCCAAUUGUAAACUCCAGAGAUUUCUCAGAUGAACAAUACAGGCGGCAGCUGAUCUCCAAUGUAGCCAGACAUGCACUUUACACUGCCAGUAGAUGUUCUGCUGUGAUGUCCACUCACAUUGUUGCAUGUUUGCUGCUUUACCGGCAUAGAGAGGGUGUCCACUUAUCAAAGUUAGUAGAAGAUUUUUUCUGUAUGAAGGAGGUAGUGCUGGCUCGGGAUUUUGAUCUGGGGUUUUCUGGAAAUUCCGAAGAUGUUGUAAUGCAUGCCCUACAUUUACUGGGUGAUUGCGUCAAUGUCAGAAGCUCCCGGCGAAAUAGUGAAUUCUUCAUUGCCCCAACCACAACAAUUCCAGCCCUGUUUGAGCUGAAUUUCUACAGCAAUGGCAUUUUCCAGGUUUUUCUCACAGAAGCAAUAGUUGCCUGUUCCCUCUAUGCUAUACUAAAGGAGAAGAUUUCAGGACCAGGCAAAUUGGAUUCAGCAGUCAGUCAGGAAAGGCUCAUUCGUACAGCUGCUGAUCUGUGUCACCUCCUUUCCAAUGAGGUGAUUGUAGGAUUGCCUUGUCAGGCAGUAUACCAGGUUUUCAAUGAUGCUGUCGGAAAGUUCAUUCAAUACGGCAUCCUGUUGGUGGCAGAGGAGGAUCUCAGCCCCAGUCCUACAGAGGAGACAUGGGCGAAUAAGUACCCAGAUGGCUUGUCGUGGAGAAGUGAUGAAGAAGAUGAUAGUGAUUAUGGGGAAGAGCAGCGUGAUCGUUACCUAAAGGUGAGCCAGUCUCAGAAUCACCAGGAGUUCAUCAUUUUCUUGCAAAGACUGUUGGGCCCUUUAUUGGAAGCUUACUUUUCAGCUGCUGUUUAUAUUCAAAGCUUCAGAGUUAAAGUUGAAGAAAAUGAAUACAUCAGCAAGUUUCACAAGUAUCUUUUAUCCCGAACCGAAAUGAAAAUUGCAGUAUUUGGGGAGAGUGCGACCUUCUGUCUUGCAAAAAAUGCAGUGAAAACUCUUAAGGAUCUUGGGGUUUUUAAAGCACAGAAGAGUGGGAGUACAACUUUAGAACUGAGCAGCGCCUUUCUACCUCUCAUCAAUCGACAAAAGUUGCUGGAGUACAUUCUUAAUUUUACUGUGUUAUAGAGAAUGCUGGACAAGGUGUGGUAAUUUAUUGACAUGGACUAAUUAACCCAUUUGAAUCAAUUAUUUGACAUUUAAGAACUGAAAUGAAUAUUUUACUUGCUGCAUUCUCUAAUAUGAUUUAUUUCACUGUUUUAGUGAAAGAUAUAUGGCUGACUGGUUUGGCUGCUUUCCCUCAAAGUAAUUUAACUGGUGUACCAUUCCAUUUAGUGUUGUCAUCUGUGUCUUUUGAUGCAGGCAUGUGGAAGAGUAAGCCACGAAAAGGUGAUUGCCAUCAUUGCUGCUGGCUUGUUGAUGACACUGAUAUGUUAUGAUAGAUAUGGAAACUACAGAAGUUUGUCUCACCUGUACUGCUUAUGUGAUAUAUGCUCAUUUAAUUUGAAGUGGCUCCUCUAUUCCUGUUAGGCUGUGGUUGUUGGCCAUGAAUUGGAGUUCCAAAUUCAGUGAAAAUGAAAGGGGUAUCAAAUUAUCCUGAGUUGGUACUCUGGACAGACUUGUGAUGUGAGAAAGUCAUACGUUAAGAGAUUCUUCUAUGCUAGAAUUUGACUGAUCAGACAUCAUGAGUUCUGUGUCAUUAAGAUAUGGAUUUUUAUCUGCACAAAACAAUUCUUUUGGUAAUGUGCCAUCCUCCUGAUUUCAUUACUGUACCUUCAAAACGGAUUGAUUGUUUUCAAUCAGGAGGGUAUCCAGAUGCUUGGCGACGAGCUUUGUAAGAUCUAACACCAAGCACAAUCUAAAGUUUAAUCAUUUGUAGAGCACCAGUCUAUAGAAGGAGAUAAUGAUUGUGAUUGGAGGAUUGUUGCUACUUUCAGAAGGGAUGUUACCAAGCAUGGCUCUGAUUUUCCCCCCCGUUCGGUAAAGUUGCUCAAACUGCAGAAUGGUAAUCUUAAUAAAGUUUUUUUUUAACCUCCAUCUAGCUGACAUCCAGUUCCGUGCAUGAUUCCCAAAUGUAGGAGAGCAUGUGAUCUGGUCGGCCAAUACUGUAUGAAGCAGCUAUGCCCAGAAGCUGUGAGUUGAUGUGCCUCAGCUGCAAAGAGAGAUGUAGAAGUAAUCCAGGCUCUUCUGUACCCCCUCAAUCUGUGGGUUUUUCCCUUUUGCUUUCUCUUUCAAUCCUCCUCUCUUGAGCUGAUUGGUGAGUCAAAAUUGCUGAUCCACACUCACAGUCUUGCAUUGAUGACUAAAAUUCCAUUAAUGGUUAUUCAGUCUGAAUCUUGUGUGUGCUGGGUCUUAAAUUAUAGAUGGCCUUAGGUUUACUGAAAAAGAAGUUUAAUAGAUGUCUUUAGCAACCAAACAAAAGCCAUAUGAUUUCAAGAAGGUCAUAUGUUUGCGAUAGGCAUUGAUUGUAACUUGGCAAUAAGAUAAUCCUUUGGAAAAAUUAUAUCCAUUUUGUGGCAAGCGGUGUCCUGUGACAACAGUUAUCUAUGACUUCUAAUCUAAACAUUGUAAAUUCAAAUCCAGCCCUAACAGGCAUUGAAGCUAACCUGACACUUCUCCCACUGCUUUCAGACUAGCCACUGUUUAAUAAAAUAAUUUCACUGUAUCAGAGGAGAUGUACAAUGUGUAAACCAUCCCUGGCUUUUGGAUGGGCAUCUGCUGUCAGACGAUCAUUGAUCAACCCUUGUACCUGUGAAGUGUGCAGUAGCAUUACCACUGUUUACAAAAUACUGGAAAAACUUGUGCUAGAGAAUUGAACUCUUUUUUUGACUUUUCUUCCAUUGAAAGGAUGAGCUAAGGCUCAGCUCUUCAUGUGACCGACUUCACACACUAAUCCCUUAGAGUGUUUCCCUGUUCAUGGAUAUAAAAUUCAUAACGACAAUAUUUUAUCUUUCUCGUCCAAAAUGGGGGAUUUGGUAAUUUAUAAAUUUUACACCAGGAAUAUCAAGAGCUUUCAGUAAGAGAAGAUCAUUUAUAUAAGCUGCAUUUCCACCCUGAAUAUUUGUAGCAAAAGAAUGAUAAAUUUCAGUGAUGUGCCACCUAAUACUUUAGAAACCUAAAGAAAUAAAGUGCUGCAGCAUCAUUUAUUAAGGCUGAGAUUAGGAUAUCACUAUGUUACUGUAAAAUCCGUAAAUACUCUGGGGCAUUAACAGUUAAUACUUUGUUUCAUUAUAAUUUAUUCAAGGUUUCUGCUGCUGCCCCUCCCCUAAGUGCGUUAAAGCAAACUUGAGCUAAAUUAAACUGUGAGUCAUAUUGUCAAUGUCCCAUAUUAUACCUGAACAGCUACUCAAAUCACUCAUCGUCUUUGUGUUACACCAAAGAGUCCUCCCAUGUUAGUCACACUGUAUUUUAACAUGUAUUUGUUCUUUUAUUCUAAAACUAAAUGUCUCCCUUUCUAAUAUACGCUAUUUAAUGUAUGUAAAAAGACGAUGCUACAUGCUGCAUUAUUUGAUAUUUUGGUUCUGUGACUGCUGAACCUGUAAAUGACUCAGCUGCCUCAUGGGUCACAGAUCUCCAGAGGGGAUGGUGGUGGGGAGUAAUCGUAUCAUAAAUUUCAGGUGUGGAAUACAGUUGGAAGUAAACAAAAACAUAUAUUGCAGAAUAAAAACAGAAACUUUAUCUUGUAUUUUCUCUUUUGAAAACUGCUUUUGAUCAGCCAUGUAAAUUGUUUUAUGCCAUGAGUUUUUUCUUCAUUUGACUUGUUUCAGGAUUUUAAACUCUGUUUUUGAUCUAUAGUACUGUGGUUCAAAAAGGGGAAAGCUUUCUUUCCAAGGGGUAUGAAAUUUUAAUUGUACAGGUAGCUUAGAACUAUUGGGUUAUACAUGUUUUUCUUGUGUCUAGUGAAAUUCUCUAAACUGUGGUACAAACUAAAACAUUUUAUGUAAAGAAAUGAAUAUACAGAGGGUUUUAAUGAGCUGAAAAGCAUUAGCUGGCAACAAUUGCACUGAUCUGCUAAGCUCAGGACUGUGAAAUAACCUAGAUUCCAAGAAGCCUUAAUUAUAUGGUGCUUCCAAAAGAGAAAGAGAGAGCUUAAACCAUUAUUAAAGCCAUACAAGGAAUAAAUCUCAUGGAUGAAACACAAAAUAUUAACAACAGUUCACAGGUCUUCUUAACCGUGUAGUGUGAUUUUUGUUUCUUUGAAACAUUGAUAAAGUCUGAAUCUAUUUUAAUAUGUUUUACAUUUUGUGGCAAUGAAUGGUCUCCUAGAGAUGAUCUUAUCACUUUUUUAAAAUUGGUAUCUGCUUUCAACCAAUCAAUGAGCUUUAUGGGGUGAUUAAUUGUGUGGUAAUACCAGUAAACAUCCUGAAAUAACACGCCCCUUCUUACCACCAACUUCCUGUCAUGCUCUCUUGAAGAUUAACUUGCCAGGAUCCAAGUAGCAUCAAUUCCAUCAGCCUUCCAAUACUUUCCUCGUGAAUAUCUGGUUAAUGAGUGUUGGCUUGCUGUGUUUCAUCCACGCUGGCUAUCCCAGCUGAAGUCCUGGCUUUGCUUGAUAAUAGCAACUGCAAACACACAUACGCACAGAGAGACACACAGCGUGCGUGCUCCACUGUGGGAGCCAGAAAAUGUAGUGGACAUCAGGUGCAGAAAUCCCAAUGCCCCAACCCAAAUCCAGGGAUGCUGAGGCUUACAGCUAAUGUAGCACCCUUCAGGAAUUUAAAACUGGGACCUAUGCAGCCUUGAUCAUUUGACACAAUAGUACACUGUACUUUCUGAGCCACAGGGGAAUUAUUUGAAAACAUCUGACAGAGUUGUCAUAUACCUUUUUGGGUUUUUAUAGUUUCUGAUGUAUACUAACUUCAUUACUGCAACUUUAACAAGAUCUACUUCAUACCAUAUGAAGAAAAGAAAUGUAGGUAAAAGUACAAAACAGGUAAAGAAUAGCAGGUAUAUCAAUCUUUGGGUUAUUAUGUGUAAGCAGUCUUGUCCAUAUUCUGGUGAAUGACUUUGGGACGGUUGUGAAUUUCAAGGGCAAAACAUUCUUGCAUAUUCCCUUAACAGGUCAAUCUCCUACAUAUUGCUUUAGCGAAAUGCUUAAUAAUUUCUGUUUUGUGAUAUAAAAGUUUAAUCGAGGAGUUUACUGCUUCCUUUCUAAAGCAAACUGGUGAUAGUCUAAUACAGUAUUUAGUUCAGUCCUGGAAAGCUGCAAAACUGAUUGGCAGUAGAAAGUGAAAUGUUAAGAUCGGAUAUUUAGGUUGUAGUCUCAGUACCUUUGAAUCGGUGGCCUAUUUUGCUGCCAGUGCUGAUAACUGCAAUAGUCAACAGUGUUGGUCUGAAUAGUUGUCUAUAACAAAUGUCUGCAGAAGGUCUGAGGCUAUUUAGGACUAAAAUAUAUAUUGUUUAUCAGAUCUACACCUUUUAAUUAUAUUAUUCAUUAUAAUACAAGCAUAGUUGGUUAAUUCUUUGUGCUAAAAUAUUUAUUUAAAUUAUUAAUGCGAUGCAGUUUGAAGAUUAUUAACACUAAAGCCAAAUGUACAAAGCAAAAGCUGUUUUUGCCCUUGAUAGUUGCCUUGAGAAUGGUUGGAAAUGUGGUCCAAACCAUGUUCUGCUCAAGAUACCGCCAUUAUCACAGAGCCAAAGAGGGCACUAUCAUUUUUCUCUGUAUGGUUCUGAGCUGUUGUCUAUCCGUAUGUAGGGUUUGUCAUGGGAAUGGGAAAAGGGGAAUGAUUAAAUGUGCAAGCACUAAAACAUUUUUUUUCUGUGACUAUUGUGUUGUGUUGUCUGAAAUGCAAAUUGCAGGAGACUGAUCUCAAAGAUCCUAUAUCUGGUUUGAGGAGAACUGUUUUGUCACUUUUAUAAAAUAAAUAUAAAAC